AUGGCCCCCGCUAUCGGUAUCGAUUUGGGAACCACCUACUCCUGCGUGGGUGUCUUCCGUGAUGACCGUAUCGAAAUCAUUGCCAACGAUCAGGGUAACCGAACCACCCCCUCGUUCGUUGCCUUCACCGACUCCGAGCGUCUCAUUGGUGAUGCUGCCAAGAAUCAGGUCGCCAUGAACCCUCACAACACAGUCUUCGAUGCUAAGCGUUUGAUCGGCCGCAAAUUCUCCGAUCCUGAGGUCCAGGCUGAUGCCAAGCACUUCCCUUUCAAGAUCAUCGAGAAGGCCACCAAGCCCGUUAUCGAGGUCGAGUUCAAGGGUGAGGUCAAGCAGUUCACACCUGAGGAAAUCUCUUCCAUGGUCUUGAUCAAGAUGCGUGAGACUGCUGAGGCCUACCUCGGUGGUACCGUUAACAACGCUGUCAUCACUGUCCCCGCCUACUUCAACGACUCCCAGCGUCAGGCCACCAAGGAUGCUGGUCUCAUUGCCGGUUUGAACGUCCUCCGUAUCAUCAACGAACCUACUGCUGCCGCCAUUGCCUACGGUCUCGACAAGAAGGUUGAGGGUGAGCGCAACGUUCUCAUCUUCGAUCUUGGUGGUGGUACCUUCGAUGUCUCUCUCCUCACCAUCGAGGACGGUAUCUUCGAGGUCAAGGCCACCGCCGGUGACACUCACUUGGGUGGUGAGGACUUCGACUCUCGCCUUGUCAACCACUUUGCCUCCGAGUUCAAGAGGAAAUAUAAGAAUUUGACCACCAAUGCUCGUGCUCUCCGCCGUCUCCGCACUGCCUGUGAGCGUGCUAAGCGUACCCUCUCUUCUUCCGCCCAGACCUCCAUUGAGAUCGACUCUCUCUUCGAGGGUAUUGACUUCUACACCUCCAUCACCCGUGCUCGUUUCGAGGAGCUCUGCCAGGAUCUCUUCCGUUCCACCAUGGAGCCCGUCGAGCGUGUCCUCCGUGAUGCCAAGACCGACAAGUCUUCUGUCCACGAAAUCGUCUUGGUCGGUGGUUCCACUCGUAUCCCCAAGAUCCAGAAGCUCGUCACCGACUUCUUCAACAAGGAGCCCAACAAGUCCAUCAACCCCGAUGAGGCUGUUGCCUACGGUGCUGCCGUCCAGGCUGCUAUCCUUUCUGGUGACACUUCUUCCAAGUCCACCAACGAAAUCUUGCUUCUCGACGUUGCUCCUCUCUCCGUCGGUAUUGAGACUGCUGGAGGUGUCAUGACUCCUCUCAUCAAGCGCAACACCACCAUCCCCACCAAGAAGUCCGAGACCUUCUCCACCUACUCCGACAACCAGCCCGGUGUGUUGAUUCAGGUCUACGAGGGUGAGCGUGCUCGUACCAAGGACAACAACUUGCUCGGCAAGUUCGAGCUCACUGGCAUCCCCCCUGCUCCUCGUGGUGUUCCUCAGAUCGAGGUCACCUUCGACAUGGACGCCAACGGUAUCAUGAACGUCUCUGCCGUUGAGAAGGGUACCGGUAAGAGCAACAAGAUUGUCAUCACCAACGACAAGGGCCGUCUCUCCAAGGAGGAAAUCGAGCGCAUGUUGGCUGAGGCUGAGAAGUACAAGGCUGAGGAUGAGGCCGAGGCUACCCGUAUCCAGGCCAAGAACGGUCUUGAGUCUUAUGCUUACUCCCUCAAGAACACCCUCAGCGAGGGCAAGCUCACCAUUGACGCUUCCGAGAAGGAGAAGCUCGAGGCUGAGAUCGAAAAGACCAUCAGCUGGCUCGACAGCAACCAGACCGCCACCAAGGACGAGUACGAGGCUCAGCAGAAGGAGCUCGAGAGCGUUGCUAACCCCAUCAUCUCCGCAGCCUAUGGCGGAGCAGGAGCUGCUCCCGGAGCUACCGGUGCUUCUGCUACCCGCGAGGCUGAUGAGGUUGAGGAGCGCCCUGAGGAGCUCGACUAA